UCUGAGUCUCUGUACUCGUUAUGUUCAUAUUCAUCACACCACAAUGGGGAAAUCGUCGUACCCAGUGCACAGUACAGCAUGCCCGUCCUUCCUAUCACGGAUGGACCUCGCCACGCGUCGUUUCCAAUCCUUUCGUUCCCAUGUGAUGGCCCUCUAAUAAAAUACCUCGCCUUCUCGUCUAUUGCCGUUGUAACUCAAAACUGCGUCCAGAUCACGGAAAAUCCUGCAAUUGGGACGCACCCGCAAAGCUGAUAUGGCAAGAUCACUCGACAAAGGCUUUGGUGGUAAUACAGACGUCGGCCAAGCGGUCGAAAUGCCUGUUGACAGCCGCAAGGAUGGGGACGAGUCAUCCCCACCAGCAGUGGCCGUGGAUGGCACUGGCCUUAACGAGGUCAGCGACAACGCGCAGAUUGGUGUUCAGGAGAUGGAGGCAACAACUUUGACCUGGACCAAGCCAUCUCUGGCUUGCCUGUUCAUUGGCAUCUGGUUCAUAUUCCUCGUCAACGGCUUCCGUCUGUCCAUUCUGUCCUCCCUGUCGCCCUACAUCACGUCGCAAUGGGCGUCUCACUCCCUCCUCGCCGUCAUCAGGGUUGUCUCCAGCUCCAUGGCGGGGGCCGUCUACAUCCCCAUGGCCAAGCUCAUGGACGUCUGGGGCCGUGCUGAGGGUUAUCUCCUGAUGGUGGGCUUCACCGAGCUGGGACUAAUCCUGACCGCCAACUCCCACGACCUGUACACCUACUGCGCCGCCCAGGUCUUCUAUACGGUCGGUUACUCCGGGCUUAUCUACGCCGUCGAGAUCCUGGCCAUCGACGCCUCGGAUCUGCGCAACCGGGCCCUCGCGUUCGCCUUCACAUCCAGCCCGUACAUGAUCACGGCCUUUGCUGGGCCCGCUGCUGCUGAGGCCUUCCUUCUCAAGGUCUCGUGGCAGUGGGGAUUCGGUGCCUUCGCCAUCAUCAUGCCCUUUGUCACGCUGCCGGUCUACCUGCUGCUCAAGCUCAACCUGAACAAGGCCAAGAAGAUGGGCUUGCUCAAGGACCGUGUAAGAAGCGGGCGCACCCUUGCUGAGAAUAUUGUGCACUGGUUCCACGAAUUUGACGUUGUCGGCGUCUUCCUUUUCGCAGCCGGCCUCGUCGUUUUCCUCCUUCCCUUUACCAUCGCAGCGCUAGCACCAAAAGGCUGGGAGACAGGAUACAUUAUUGCAAUGAUCGUCGUGGGCCUCUUUUUGAUUGCCGCGUUUACCGUAUGGGAAAUUUGGCUCGCACCUGUUCCGUUCCUCGCGGCCAGGCAUCUGCAGAACCGCACGCUUCUCGCCGUCUGUCUCAUCAACACGACAUACCAGAUGGCCUAUUACUGCUGGAACAGUUACUUUACCUCAUUCUUGCAGGUUGUGAAUGGAGUCACUGUGGCACAAGCAGGCUACAUCAACAAUACCUUUCAGGUUGUGUCGGGCGUAGAGCUCUUUAUUGUCGGGUAUUUCAUCCGACGCACUGGAAAAUUCAAGUGGACUUUCUACCCAGCUAUUCCCAUCUACAUCUUCGCCCAAGGCCUUAUGAUUUACUUCCGCCGCCCUGGUUUCAGCGUCGGCUACCUCAUCAUGUGCGAAAUCUUCAUCUCGAUGGGUGGUGCCGUCUUCAUCCUCGUCUGCCAGAUUGGCUGCCUGGCUGCCGUUGAGCACCAGUACGUGGCCCCCACCAUCUCCAUGGUCUUUGUCUUCGGCACGGUGGGCGGUGCCAUCGGUUCCACGAUCUCAGGUGCGAUCUGGACAAACACCUUCUUACCGGCCUUGAUUCGGUUCCUGCCCGAGGCCGAGAAGGCGAACGCCCCCAUAAUCUACUCGGACCUGGUGACGCAGCUCUCAUAUCCUGUGGGCUCGGCGGCGCGUAUCGCAAUCCAGAACGCGUAUGGUUACGCACAGACAAGGAUGUUGGCUUCGGGCACAGGAAUCAUGGCAUUGUGUUUCAUCUGGGUUCUGCUUGUGGAGAACUUGGAUGUUAAGAACCGGAGGCAGACUAAGGGAACGGUGCUCUAGUCUGUUCAUGUUAUGGGUUACUUUAUGACAACUUGAUGAGUGUGAGGAUGGUCGUUGAGAUGAGCAUGAUUCACCUGGCUGCUUGAUGACGGAAAAAAUCUGGACGGGUGGCGAUU